GCUCCUCAGAGCCCUCCGCGUUCCCUCAUAAAUCCAGCCGGGAACGGCGAAAUGAAUCCGCCUAGAAAUGGUGGGAUGGAGCCUAAAUCCCCUGGGGAUGGAGCCUAAGUACCCUCCUAUAGAGCCUAAAUCCCCUGGGAUUCAACCAAAACGGCCAAAUCCAGGCGCUUUCCAUGGAUAGGGGCGGUACUGGAAAGGGCGGGCGGUGACCCCCUUUCCGGCACUUCCUGAGGCGGCUCCGCUAUUUGCUUGGCGCCGUUCCCGGGGCCGGUUCUGGGCCGGGAUUGGCACUGGUCUCGGGGCUCCUUCGCCACCGCAGCGUCCCCAAGGUGUCCCCAAGGUGUCACCAGUGACCAUGGAGCCCAAAGAGCUGUCCCCGGCCCUGCUGCAGCCACAGGUCACUGUGAUGGCCACCCUGGGCGAGCUGGUGGCCCUCCUGCCCAGAUGGGAGGGGAUUCUGCUGCUGAACGACUUCGGAAACUGCGUGUACAGGGACCUGAAGGAUUUCAUUGAGAACCUCCAGGUCACCCUGCACCGCACUGAGGGCACCUGGUGGUACCGCCAUGUCAACUCUGAUGAUGAUGACUCUCUCAUCCCCCUGAGCCAGGCCCUGGCUGCCUGGGAGAGCACCCCAGGGACCACCCAGUUCUGUGUGAUAAGGGCAGCCAACAAGUGGCAGGAGUCGGUGUCACUGCUUGUGAAAAGCUGGGCCAAGCUGGCCGGGACAGCCACCAAGCUGCGCAAUGCCUGCAGGGAUUUGGCCACCAAAGUGGCUGACAGGGUGGCCAGCACUGACACCCGGCCCAGGGAGAUGCAGGCCAUGGCUGCCCGUUAUGGGACAGCUCAGGAAAACAUGGGGAAGCUGGGUCAGGCCCUGGGCAGGAAGGAGGAGGCUGAGAUGGUGGCCGGGCAUGAAGCCCAGGGGAGGGGACAUGCCAUGGAGGCUGCCAGCGAGGCCACCAUGGAGAGACGGCAGGUGGAGGCGUCCCUGGGGCUGCUGCAGCGCUUGGUGGCCGCGUGUGAUGAAGCCACCGUGCUCCCCCGCGACCUGCGGCGCCUGAUGAAGGUCAUCAAGGCUGCCCUGGAGAGGACAGAUGAGGCGUCCCACAAUGUCCGCAAGGACUUGGUGGCCAAGGUGGCUGAGGCCGAGCGGCUGUGUGAGGCCAAUGCCCGCCUGGUCAAGGGUCACCUGGAGGGGACACUUGAGGCCAUCAAGUUCCUGUUCGAUGGUGAUCCCAUCAGCUCCAGUGCCUGUGGGGUCGCCGAGCGCUGCCAAAGAGCCAUCGAGGACAUCCCAAGGCUCCUUCGACCCCCGGAGUGUCCCCAGAGAAUCCCCAAGGUGUCCCCAGUGAGCAUGGAGCCCCAAAAGGUGUCACCUCCACAGCUGCAGGUGGUGGUGGCCGUGGUGGCCACCCUGGGCGAGGUGGUGGCCACUGUGACGGGGCCACACUGGGGCAAGUUCCCAGACUCCCUGUAUGAGAACCUGAAGAGAUUCACCCGGAGCCUCCGUGCAAUCCUGAACCAAGGUGAUGUCACCUCCCUGGGCCACUGUGGUGUCCCCUCCCUGAGAAUGGCCCUGGCCACCCUCUGGGCCACCUCCAGGAUCACCUGGGCCAAUGUGAGAGCUGCAGCCAGCACCUGGCGGGAGUUGGUGGCCAAGCUCGUGGACAGCUGGGACUGGCUGGCCAGGGAGGCCACCAAGCUCCGUGACAACCACAGGAAGGUAAUCACGGACCAGCAGCUGAUGGUGUCCCUGGACGAGGAGGAGGUGACCUGGCAAAUGGCCACACACAGUGCCCGGGUGGCAGCAGCUGCCAAUAAAACCAGGGCAGAGGCUGGAGUGGCCACCAGGAGGGGACAUUGGUCAGAGUUGGCCCUGGAGCCACUGCAGCGCUUGGUGGCUGUGUGUGAUGGAGCCAUCUUGUUCAACUGGAACAUGGAGUGGCAGCUCAGGGACAUCGAGGUCCUCCUGAAGGGGAUAAAUGAGGCGUCCCCUGAUGUCCUUCAGGCCUUGAUGGCCAAAGUGGCCAAGUUUGAGCAGCUGUGGGAGGCCAGCACGCACCUGGUCAAGGAGCACCUUCUGGGGACACUUGAGGUCAUUGACAACAUCCUCUUGAGUCCCUAUGUUGUCCUGGAUGGCCCUGGCAGACGCGCAGUGGCCGAGCAGUGCCAAAAAGCCUGGGAAGACAUCCCAAGGCUGCUGCAGGAAAGUUUCACAUAGGGGCAAUGACAUCAUUGGAGACAUCGCUGCUGUCACCUGUGCCCUCCCCAUGUAGAAUUUGAGACAGAUUUGGGGAAUUUUACAGGGAAUUUUCAGUGAUACGGUCCCAAAUUCUGUUGGGAAUUCCUGGAGUGAUGUCACAGGGAGAGGAGACAUGGCUGAAUGAGUCCCCUCAAGAGCUUCCAGCUUUCCACUGUGCAGCAGAGCCAGGUCAUAAAUUGCAAAUUUAUGAUUGGCUUCUGCAAUUCUGUAUUGGCUUCUGCAGUUUUGUAUUGCCUUUUUGGACUUUUUAAUUGCCUUUUGCACGUUUGUAUUGUCUUUUACACAUUGUUAUUGAUCUGCGUCAAUUUGAUAUGGUAUUUGAUACUGAUAUUGAUUAUCGGUGAUUCCUUGUAGCUGCUGGU